CUUCCUCCGCAACUACUGAUUUUCACCCAAUGGAGGUACUGCGCAAAGACUAAGUGCCUAGAGUGAAGAAGAAGCUCCUUGUCUUCAGACUCAGAGGACUUUCGUGAGCCUUUGGAAUACACCAGUCGCCGAAAAUUUGGUCGGACGGCCCCGUCACUCGUCUAUCUUUGAUGAGAACUCACCACUUCUAAAGCAAGAUAGUCGCAUCAUAGCAAUGGAGCACUUCUUUGCCCUGGUUCUCGUCUUGACCAGCUUUCAAUGGGUCUCUUGCCAAUACACCGGACGAAGCAAUAAUCACCCUGGCAAUGAUAGCAUUUCCUUUAGAGUUAUCCACAGAUUUGAGUACAAUGCCAUGGUUCUCGACUUUCAGCACGUUGUUGGCCAGCCAGAAUGCAGGGACAUCCAGGUGCGGACAUUGUGUUCGAUUGGCAACUACUCAACGCGAGUUCAGUUGAAUCAGUACUCCCCUGUGCCAGCUUUGUUCGCCUCUCGGGGUGGUCAGGGCUGUGAUGGGUAUGUAAGCAGUGUUGCUGUCGCCGAGAUCCGCACCAACCAGCUGUGUACCAGCGUCGAUAAUUGUCGUUUGUUUUGCCCUGAUGGACUGUUCAAGUACUCAAUCUGGGUUAGUAGUGACAACGGGUUUGUACAGGAAACCUCCUUUCCCAUUGCGAAUAACACAAAGCCACGGGAGCUCAUCAAUGAUCCAGAGUUAAGAGCGCCUUGUGUUGAGGGUAUCUGUAAUACCUAUUAUCAUAACACGCAGUGUGUACCUAACCCCCAAAGCACAACCGCCUGGUUCGGCCUUUGUAAAUGCACUAGGCCGGUCUGUGCCCAAUCCUUUCGUCAGCCUCAGCGACCAUACCCUCGUCCAGAUACCUCCAUCAACACUAUCCGAAUUCUACAUAAUGACAAUUAUACUGCGAUUCAAGUCACCAAGCCCGAAAUAUUCUAUGAUCGUACUCCUAUUAAUCUUAAGUUCAACUUUGCAGCAUGCCAUGCAAUCAAUAAUGCUCAAGUGCGCCUGAGGGUACAAAACACGUUUUCUAUUACACAUCGUUGGCCCCAUCCACUUACGGCCAAUGAACACAAGGCGUUUAAGCAGCACCUAGCUAAUUGCACACUCCCUACUGCAUCAUGCUACAUACGCUGUUAUCCACAAUGGACCGGGACCGCCACCGCGCCUGGCGACUGGUUUGAGAUUCACCAGGUGAAGCUGGAAGCUAGCCAAGCAAUACCGAGGUAUUACCGUCCGGUGCAGAGCCCAGACAAACAUCCUGUUCUUGAGCCCUUGCUCACAAACUACACAACCUCCAACAUCGGCUAUGGGAAAACCGAAUAUUAUCCAUCGUCUAAUUCGACAAGGUUUGUCAUUACAGGCAUACCAUCAGGAGCCAGCAGCUUCAACUUAUCACGCUGCACUUUCAGUGACUUCAGCCGAUAUGAGGCUGCGUAUCGAUUCUCCUCUGAUCGCUGGGUCCACAAGAUUUCCUACGGUCAGCUUGUUAUAACUCCAAACUAUGUGGACACGUUUGCCAUGAUAAACAUCAUCAGUACCAAGUGCAUGGAUAGUAACUUCCCCUGCAAUUUGGACUGCGAAGCUGGCUUCUAUACUGAGAAUGGCAAAGCCUCGCCAGUCACCUCUUACGAACUGCCUUCUUAUGUUCAUACUCCUCGUUUUGAAGCUGUUGACUACUGUCGACAUGCAGGAGAUGUGUGCCCGCAAUACUCUAGCUGCCAAGCAUCUAACAGCGAUGGCUUCUACUACUGUCAUUGCCAUAAUGGCACGUCAGCAAAGAUUUCAGUUGACUUGAAAUGCCCUGUAUACACCGCUCCGACCACCAUCCCAACUACCAUACCGACUACCACACCGACAACCACACCAACCACCACACCAACCACCACACCAACCACCACACCGACCACCACACCAACUACCACACCGACCACCACACCAACCACCACACCAACCACCACACCAACCACCACACCAACCACCACACCAACCACCACACCGACCACCACACCAACCACCACACCAACCACCACACCAACUACCUCACCAACCACCACACCGACCACCACACCGACCACCACACCAACCACCACACCGACCACCACACCAACCACCACACCGACCACCACACCGACCACCACACCAACCACCACACCAACCACCACACCAACCACCACACCGACCACCACACCAACCACCACCCCAACCACCACACCAACCACCACACCAACCACCACACCAACUACCACACCAACCACCACACCAACCACCACACCAACCACCACACCAACCACCACACCAACCACCACACCAACCACCACACCAACUACCACACCAACCACCACACCAACCACCACACCAACCACCACACCGACCACCACACCAACCACCACACCAACCACCACACCAACCACCACACCAACUACCACACCAACCACCACACCAACCACCACACCUACCACCACACCAACCACCACACCAACCACCACCCCAACCACCACACCGACAACUACUCCAACCACUACCCCAACAACCACACCAACUACCACACCAACCACCACACCGACCACCACACCAACCACCACACCAACCACCACACCGACCACCACACCAACCACCACACCAACCACCACACCAACCACCACACCGACUACCACACCAACCACCACACCAACCACCACACCAACCACCACACCAACCACUACCCCAACAACCACACCGACUACCACACCAACCACCACACCAACCACCACACCAACCACCACACCAACCACCACACCAACCACCACACCAACCACCACACCAACUACCACACCAACAACCACACCAACAACCACACCAACCACCACACCAACCACCACACCGACCACCACACCAACAACAACUCCAACCACCACACCGACAACAACUCCAACCACCACACCAACUACCACACAUCCCACCACACCAACCGCCACCCUGCCUUCAACUACCCGACUGGGCAAGUCAUCAGUGACUGAUACCACCGCAACAAACAGUUCUACUGGCUUCCACUCUACCACUGACGAUGAGGCAGCAGAAACGGCCGGGAAGAGUGACCUCUCCUGGAUCGUCGGCGUUGUCCUGGGCGUUGUGGCCGUUGCCGUCAUCACUAUCUUGUUUGCCAUAGGGUCUCGCCGUCGACACAUCACUAGCACUAUACCAGAGAAGUACAGGAAAACAAGCGGCACCAACAGACUGUUCAGCUUCUCAGAAGAUCCAUGUCAUUCCGACCCCGUCUCGGUGGAUUGCAGUAGUGAUCCUUACGAUAUCCUGCCCAGUCGCACCUCUCUACAUCCAUCCUCUACCGAGCAGAAGAUGGCCACCGCCGCCCAAACGUCGGACGAUGCUUUCGCGGCGUAUGCUGGAGUUGGUGUUGCACAAUGUGAAAAGCCCACCAACCCGUCUUUCUAUGACACCAUUGGCGAUGUCCCGGCCGCCGCUCGCUUUAGCGCAGAGAACAUGUUCGCACUCCGCAGCGACAGCCUAAGCACAGAGGACCCAGCCAGCCAGCAAACGGGCAUUGCAAACGGCGCUUACUCCACUUGUAUCAGAGAGGUAUCAACCCCAACAGCGUCCAUGGGCGCAGACGUACCAGCUCGCCAAAAUAUCGGCAUUGCAAACGACGAUGUGUACUCCACCUGUGUCAGACCCGUAUCGUUCCCAGCGAUCACCAUGAGCGCAGAGGUACCAGCCAGCCAAGACAUCGGCAUUGCAAACGGGGAUAUGUACUCUACUUGUGUCAGACACGCAUCGAUCCCAGUGAAGGCCAUGGGCGCAGAGGUGCCAGCCAGCCAAACUAUUGGCAUUGCAAACGGCGAUGUGUACUCCACCUGUGUCAAACACGCAUCGACCCCGGUGAUAACCAUGAGCGCAGAGGUACCAGCCAGCCCAGACAUCGGCAUUGCAAACGGGGAUAUGUACUCCACUUUUAUCAAACACGCAUCGACCCCAGUGAAGGCCAUGGGCGCAGAGGUGCCUGCUAGCCAGGAAACGGGCAUGACACGCAGAGGUAGGUUCUCCGCUAGUUUCAGACAUGCGCCGACUGCAGCUACGCCCAUGAGCGCAGAGGUGCCAGUCAGCCAAGACGCCAGCAUUGCAAGUUGGAGUAAGUCUUCUGCUAGUUUCCGACGCACCACACCGGUGGCAGAAACGACCAUCACCUCCUUUGCCAGCAAUGCGGAGGAGGACGCCUACAGCAGUGCUGUCUACAGCAAGCAAACAAGGGCCAGUUUCUCUAGCAAGCGCUCUUUCAAGCGCUCGGCUUCAGUGAGCGUUGCUAGGAAGAGCGUCAGAAAGACCACGUCCAACUUUGGCCAGGAGGCCAGCGGCGAGCAGACGGCCGCGCAGAUUACUGAGCGGCAGGCUGCGCACCCGGAGCAGAGCGACGCCGGCAUUGAUCUUGACGAUCCGUACUGUCUGGUCAGCUAUAACGUCAACGUCAACCAGGUGUCCGUUGCCGAAAAGAGAAUCUCCUGCCCCGCCGGAGAGCCCAGCCCGUUCACAGGCGAGGCACGUGUCAUCGAGAAACUUAGUGACGACGAGGACAAUUCGACGUUUGCCCUGGGUCGCAAAGAUACCUGGUCGCAAGAUCACAUCAUCCAGGCUCAGGAGAACACGCUGGGAUCGCAGCUCUAUCAGCGCCUCUCCGGCAAGAACUUCACCUGGAGCGUCAAGCACUGAGAGAGCAUAUCUGCUGCUCGCGCUCCUCUCGUACAUUUCCAGUUGCAGCCUCUCAGCCAGCCAGCGCAUUCGUAUGCUGGCCACUGUUACACACGUGAACACCAGUUGUCUUCCAGCCUGAGGGCCUGGUUUAGGCCAACACCCAUUGCCCCUGGGCUGUAUCCUUACCAAGUAGAGGGUAUGCCUGCAUCUAUGCAGGCAUACCCUCUACUUCAUGGUCUCCCCAAGCCCUAUCUGGAGUCGCUGUCUUCACAGGCAUGUACUUGGCGUGUAGUGGAUUGCUUCUGCUGUUCAGCUUUUUCCAAAAAUACGAUAUUACUUAUGUUUCUAUUUCAUUGUUUCCUUUUCAGAGCUAUUUACUAGUUGUAGUACGCAUACGAAUUAGCGAAUGCGUAGCAAAUAGGCAUUAGUGCGUGCAUAGCAAAUAGGCAUUAGUGCGUGCAUAGCAACUAGGCUAGGAUGUCACAUGCCCUCUGCUCCUUUUUUCCAUGUUUGUUACGUUUGAGGUAACUAGGUCAGUAUGUGCAUAGCAAAUAGACUAGGAGAUCUCUCAUGACCUGCUCUUCUUUCUCUUUUGUCCAUGUUUGGUACAUUUGAAGUGGCUACGUAUGUUUGCGAGCAUGGCAGAGCAGGGCAGGGAGCCUUACAACCUCUGCUUCUGCUGUCUGUUCUCGAGUUCUGCAGUUUUAGCCGCGCUCCUGUUACUCUCAGUAACUGCACAUCUUGAAAUCAGUAGCAUGUUAAAACAACAUCAUCACACUUCAGUGAGCUAGUUCUUCAAUGUCUCCAUCUACAUCGGUCUGAUGUACCCCUUGCUUCUAUUCUCUGUUCUCCAUACAUAUACUAAUUCAUUGCAAAGUUGUGCACUAUUCCU